AGUAGAAGAGAGCAAACUCCCCCCCCCCCAAAUAAAUAAAAAAAGACACCAACAAAGCAUAUAGGAAAAGGAAAGCUUGUUUUGAAGCUGAGGAUAAGAAAAGUGCCUGCCAGAAACUAACCUACCCCAAGUGAAAGAGAUUGAGUCGUCUUCUUCCAUCCUACACCCAAAACCCAAUUCCUUUUUGCCCUUUUCUUCCUUUUUAAACGCCAAAGAAGAAUUCAGACCCCUCUUAAAAAUUCAUCUAUGUAAGCAAUAUAUAUCAUAGCAAGGAAAGAUCGAGGGAUGCGUGGAAAGAAAGAAGAAGAUCAAGGGGAGUGUUCUCAAGCUAUCCAUAACAUACAGGGUUACCAAGAACAGUUAUUUAUGCAGCAGCAGAUGCACCAGCAGCAGCAGGGGAAUGAUUUAUUUGGGGGAACAAGGGGAGGGUUGAUAUUCCCUGAAGUUUCUCCCAUACUACCAUGGUCUCUCCCUCCGACUCACAAUUUCAAUCCUUCCCACCACUUCACCGGAAACCCUGUUCGAGACGACGACCCUUUUCUAUUCCCUCCGCCGCCGUCCUCGUACGGUGGUUUAUUCAACAGGAGGGCUCCUGGCCUUCAGUUUGCAUACGAUGGGACAUCGGCUGACCAUCUAAGGAUCUUAUCUGACACUCUAGGACCGGUGGCUCAACCAGGUUCGGCUCCUUUCGGGCUACAAGCCGAGUUGGGGAAGAUGACCGCUCAAGAAAUCAUGGACGCUAAAGCUCUCGCUGCUUCUAAAAGUCACAGCGAAGCGGAAAGGCGAAGAAGAGAACGCAUCAACAAUCAUCUCGCCAAGCUACGCAGCAUACUACCAAGCACCACGAAAACGGACAAGGCUUCAUUGCUUGCAGAAGUGAUCCAACACGUUAAGGAGCUGAAGCGACAGACCUCAUUGAUAGCGGAAACGAGUCCGGUGCCGACCGAAAUCGACGAACUAACGGUUGAUGCAUCGGAAGAAGAUGGUAAGUUCGUGAUCAAAGCUUCACUUUGCUGUGAAGAUAGGUCAGACCUCUUGCCCGACCUAAUCAAAACGUUGAAAGCUUUACGUCUAAAAACACUAAAAGCCGAGAUCACAACGCUGGGUGGGCGUGUAAAGAACGUACUAUUUAUCACCGGAGAAGAAGACUCGAGUAGCAGCGACGAGCAGCAACAGCAGCAGCUGCAGUAUUGUAUAAAUUCAAUACAAGAAGCAUUGAAUGCGGUGAUGGAGAAGACGUCUGUGGAUGAGUCAUCUUCUGGGAAUGUUAAGAGACAAAGGACCAACAUCAGUAUUCUUGAACACAGGUCUCUUUAACUUACCAAAAAAAAAUACCUUUGAAUACGUACUAUUUUUUAAUCUACUAAGUAUUCAUGAUGGGGGUGUUCAUUUUUCUGUUUCGUUUUUUUUUCAUUUUCUGGGAGUGUUUUAAUAUGUGUAUUUUGCUAUCCGUGGACAAAAUAUAUGAUGAUGGUGUGGUAGGUUUGUAUACAUAAACAAUGGAUUUCAAAUUAUAAACACGAAUUUCAAGGAAAGAAAUCAAAAAGGGUGGUGAUGGCAUGAUCAUUUGAUGAGGUGUUUGUGCUUUGGGUUUUGGGUUUUGGUUUUUUAGUAUGAUCAUCAUCAAUGAUGCUGAUUGCAAUGGAGGGAAGGAAUAGGCCAAAAAAAGAGUGGAGGAUCUUUUUCGUGGGAAGAGAAACCUUAUAUCAAAACCCAACAUAGAAAACGUGAAGCUGAUUGCUCUGCUGACUGGAACCAGCUUAGCUUGGAGUUGGGACAAAAACCCAACAUGUAAUGAAACUCUUUGUUCUGGUUUGGUCUGGUCUGGGGUUUUGUUUUGUAGCAGAACUAUACUAUAUCUAUAUCUAUCUAUCUCCCUCUCUCUAUGUCAUCAGAUAUGGUGGGAAUUUAUGAUCAGAUCAUAUGGCAUUAAUAUAUUAAGAACGGUGACGACCAACUUCUUUUUUACCUUCUUAUGCUUGUUCUACUCAUGAUGUUACACUACCACCAUCAU